CGCGGUCGCAUGUCCGUCGUGAAAUUUUAGCUAAAAUCACUCCAAAACAGGAAAUUUGCCCGGCCCGAGGCCGAAGCGACCAUUUCCAGUCACAGUACAGUCUCCUACUAGUUGACAUCACGCAGAAAUUCGGGUCCAUGUAACGAGAAAGGCCCGUGGACUUAGUCAUAUGCAAACAACCACAGGGUCACUGGAGUUCGUGCCAAAACGGCAGCAGAAGUUCGUAGGGCUGCCAUCCGUUUGAAAUAAUGGAGGCUGGCUCUGCUAAAUGUCUUCUAGAUGUGAUAAAUGACCCUAAUGCUCUUCAGGAAUUCUUGAGAACCAAUAGCCAGGAUCAUGGCCUUUCUUCGAAAAAUUCAGGAGACUCUAUUUCAGUGUCAACCCCACUGAAUGUGAGUAAUUUAUUAGCUUCAACGUUAAACUCUAGUUCAACAAGAGAAAGUGGGGUAAACAAUAUGUUGCCUGUUAAUACGAGAAUUGCUUCACAAGUGUCUGGAACAUCAUUGCCUAGUUCUUUGUCUUCAGUGCCACAAAAUACAUUAGUAAAUUCAGCAGUCAAUAAUAGCAGCAUGACAAAAAAUAGUUCAAGUCCCGGUACUCCUUUUACUGUUGGCGUGGUUCCGUCUUCUGUUCCGGUGUCUAGUGGUGCCAAUUUUCUUAAAGCUGGUAAGGAAAGUCUCGGUAGUGUAGGGAACAAAACUGGCAGUGCACUAGGAAUUUCUUCUUCACCUAAACCUGUGGCUACAACUGGUUCAGCAUUUCAAGGGAAAAAACCCAUCCCAAUCCAACCUAAAACUCCUAAUAUUUCCUCUGCUGUGACAAGCUCAACUGUAGGGACUACAGGUACUCGUGGGAUACAGAUUAUGAACCCUGGAUUACCUAUUGUUAUGCAAAAACAGUCUGCUGUUGCACAGCAAAGUAUGGCAUCUCCUGGGCAUCGUGUUGUGUUAAAUGGAACAGAUUCAAAAACAAACAUGAAAGCAAAUGUUGCUCCUGUAAAUGUACAUUCUAAUAAAUCUCCUCAAGGUGUUAUACAGCCAAUUCUUUCUACAACUCCUGUCAAACGAAUUGCUCCUAAACAGCCAAGUAUACUACCUCAAACUGGUAUGUCAUCACCCCCACAAAUUGUGGGGACACAACAUAAAAUACUUCUGCAACAGGUGUCUAAUCAAAUAACUCCUCAAGUGCAAACUGUUGUCAAUCAAGUAUCACCUGGGAAUGUUCAACAACAAAACCAUACACAGCUUAUCCAAGCACAGCAGUUGCUCAAUUUGAUAAGAGGCCAAAAUCCAAGCACCCAGACAACCCAACAGACGUCCACUCAGCUCACGCAAUCACAGGCAUUACCUGCAAAUCAGAUUAAACAAAUUCAGCAGUUAGUUCAACAAAAACUUUCUAACCAGCAGCAACAACUGCCAGUUGUACAAGCAUUGCAACAGAAUGUGCUGAAUCCUGCUCAACUCCAAGCUACUUUGAAACAAAAUCAACAGUUUACAACACAAACUGUCCAAGCAGCUCAACCGCAGAACGUUGUUGUUCAAGAAGAAGUCAUUAAACAACUUCUUCAACAAGUGUCGCAGCAAAAAACUAUGCAGAAACUUGUGCAACCACAGCAGAUAUUUCAGCAAAUACCACAGCAGUCUCAAUCGGUUCAAAAACAGAUCUUAAUACAGAAUAUUCAACCACAGGGACAGCAAGCAGCGCAAACGUUGCAAGUUAAUGUCAAUACUCCCACCAAGCCUUCUAAUCUGAAUCAAAGAACUGAUGUUACUAUGUCUCCGGCCAAUAUUCAGCUACAGCAAGUAUUGAAUAGCCAGCAAAAGCAGCAAGUGGUUUCUCUUGGACAUCAGCAAGUUAAUUUAACGCAGCAGCAGCAAGUGUCAAAAGAUCAAGGUGCUAGAGUUCUUCAAGGUGUAACCUUUAUACCAAGUCAGCUCAACAAAACCUCUGUUGCACAGGUGUCAAAUCAAGGUGGUGUUCGGCAGGUUAAUUCAGUAGUUCAGCAAGGAAAAACUGGAAUGGCACCCGUGGUGCAUGUUGUAACAACGACUCAACAAAAUACAGUUUCUCAAGUGCAGCAACAACAAGCACAAGCUGGAGUUCAGAAAGUGUUUAUCAUAAAACAACCUGAGCUGUUACAAAAGCUGGGAUUACAAGGAGGAAAAACUCAACAAACUAUUCAAAUUACACCACAACAGCUGCAGGCACUGAAACAGCUUCAAUUACAGCAGCAAGUGGUGAAACAGAAACUUGGUUCAGGUGGUCUUCAAACAGGAAGUAAUGUGCAAACUAAAAACUUAACAGUAGAUCAGCUGAAGCAAAUACAGCUGCAGCAACAUCAGCUUCAAGGUUCGGGAGUGAAGCAGGUUGUCCCUAACAGCAGGGCACAACCUGUUGUUCAACAACAGGUUAAUGUUAAAACACAGGGGAAAAUGCAGCACAUUCCUAGAAUUCUUCAAACUUCAGGCAGACAACCAGUGUCUCAGAGUGUCAAGGUGUCUGUACCAAUAAAACAGGACACAAACAAAGGAGUUAAACGCCCACAUUCAUCAUCAGAGACAACAGAUGUACCAAAAGUUGCUACAAGAUUAAAACAAGGCCUAACACAAGAUCAACAGGCUGUUCUUCGACCUGAUGUCAAAACGCCUUUUAGUACUCAUGAAGAUCUCAUGAAAAGACUUACACCUUACCAUGUGUGUUAUGACCCAAGUCCUACUCCUGCUGAUGUUCAGAAAGCUGAUGCUCUCUUUGGUGCUGUUUCAACUCAACUUGUGAAGCGAAGUCAAAAGAUGAUGGAGAAGUAUCGGCAACUCUUAUAUGACGAGAGUAUGCGGGAACAUCCUUCAGCAGAAAUGGUCAUGCUUUACAGAGUUUUCUUGACUAAUGAACGUUCAUUGCUGGCCAAUGAAAGGAAAAUAGCCAAAGAAAACCCUGAAGAGAUCCUUAAUAUUAUCAAAAAGGAAAAGCAGAUGGUUGAGUCAUCAGAUAAGGCAGCAACAGAGGAUGCUCUGAUGGAAGAUAUCACUUCUGAUGAAACUACAGAUUUUGUGGCAUCAACUACUGAAAAUGACGUUGUCAAUAGUAUGAAUAAUGCUGUUUCUGAGGCGUCUUCUAAAAUUUCCUCUAUUUUAAGUGUAAGUUAUUCUCCAUCUUCAAGAAAUUGCUCUUCAAAUUCUUUGUCACCCAAGACUGAAACUUCAUCCUCAUCAUCACUUCUUUCAACAAGAACGCAUACAUCAGUUUCUACCAGUUCUGUCAACAACCACGUGUCUAGUUUAUCUUUGCAAGAUCAUUUAAAUAAACCAGAUUCACUUUGCAAAGAAAGCUCUGAUGAAAACCACAAGUUGUCAGCAGACUCAAGUGUUGAUUCCCAGAUGGACACAGGAUGUGAAAAAGAAGAUGUAACGGCUACAUUGGCUUUGCUCAAUUCCAUGGCAUCGGAACUGGAUGAAGUUUUGGAUGUGGAGGGAACACUCUACGAAUGGAUGGGUUGACUCCACCUAAGCAUACAUGGCAUAUCUCUUGUUGGUAAAUCUUGGUGUUCACUUGCAGUGCAAGUAAUUAUCCUUCUAGUCGCCGUACACUUCGUCAUAAGAUAAUCUGCUUGUUUUUUCCUUUAUCAAGAAAAUCCUGUGGCUGAUGUAUAUCCCUGUUCUUAUGAAGCACUGUAUAUUCAGGAUAAUGUUUUCAAAUGUAAGUGGAACUUACAGUACAUGCUCUCUUUGGGUGUAUAAGGGAACUCAUGAAUUUGGAAUCUCAAAGAUGCCUGCAACAAUAAGAAUAAGAAUAAGACUUUGUGUGAAAUGAACAUAAUUUGCUCUUUGUGUAAGAUGCACUGCUGGUGCACAGUAAAUGAUUGGAACCCAGGGUUACAUUUAGUCCUGUAGUCUGGUUGUCUGGACAAUCGGAUGAAACGAGCAAAUACUUGCAUAACGUCAACAACUUAGCAUCUGAAAACCUCUAACUAUUCAGCAUGAGUGAUUCUUGAAUUUUCAGAAAUGUCUAUAAUUUUUUCUUACUACUUACUUAUUUUCUCCUCUCAUAUUUUCUACUGCUGGAUUUCCUGUGCACCCUCAGUUAUGCUCAUGUUGGUCAUGUCUGAGAAAAAUACUCAUGCCUGCCAAAAAAGCCAAGAAAUAUAGCUUACAGCUUUUAGAUAUAUCUGUAGCUUAUAUAAUUAUAACAAAACAAACUUGAAAUAAAUUUUCUAUAGUAUUCUCUUCCUUUUAUAA